AUGGCGUCGGCUGCUCGACAUUUUCGGUUCUGGAGACGAACAAACAGUUUGUUCUGGAGACUAUGUCGUCCGGUUACCGAAGAUGUUAAACACAGACCUAGGCAUGCAAACCUACAGCGAAUGUGGUUAUCUCGUUUGUCGCUCAUCGCCAGAAAACGACCCGUGCUGUCAGUUAAAGGCGGUGCUGGUUUGUUGACUGCAUGUGGUUUCUGUACUGUCGCGUAUUGUAGCACUGGCAGUAUUGAUGACCGAACAUCUUCAGAGCGACUGUUUAAUGCAGCAAAGAGAAAUAAUAUUAUUGAACUCAAACGUUUAAUCAAGCAAGGAAGUGAUGUAAAUCAAAUCCAUGAAUUAGGAUGGACUCCUUUAAUGGUGGCUGCUGUUCAUGGUAAUGAAGGAGCUGUCCGUGUAUUAUUAGAAGCUGGAGCAGACCCAAAUAUGAAAGAUGGUUUCACCAACGUGUUUGAUAUGUCACAGAGAACAAAAAUCAACUCAUUGCAUGUUCUUGUGACAAGAGAGGAUGAUUUUUGUGACCGUCUCAAUGUCAGAGCCAAUUUCAAAGGUUGUACAGCAUUACACUAUGCUAUACUCAGUGACAGUUGUGAAGUGGUGAAAUUAUUACUCAAUUCUGGUGCAGAUCCAACAUUAGAAAAUGAUAGUGGACACCAUCCCAUGGAAUAUACGAGAAAUGAAGAAAUUAGGAAACUACUUAAAGAACAUGAAACAAAAUACGAAGAACUCCAAAAACAAAGAGAAGCAGAGGAACGAAGGAAAUUCCCGCUUGACAAGAGAAUAAAGGAAGUUCUUGUUGGCCAAGACGGUGCCAUAACAACAGUGGCUUCAGCAAUCAGAAGAAAAGAAAAUGGUUGGUAUGAUGAAGACCAUCCGUUGGUAUUUCUAUUUCUCGGUUCAUCAGGAAUAGGUAAAACUGAACUUGCCAAACAAGUUGCAAAAUAUUUACAUCGAGAUCACAAGAAAGGUUUCAUCAGAUUAGAUAUGUCUGAAUAUCAAGAAAGACAUGAGGUGGCCAAGUUUAUAGGAUCACCACCAGGUUAUGUUGGACAUGAACAGGGUGGACAGUUAACAAAGCAAUUAAAGCAGUGUCCAAAUGCUGUGGUAUUAUUUGAUGAGGUUGAUAAAGCACAUCCUGAUGUUUUAACUAUUAUGUUACAAUUAUUUGAUGAGUUCUACCUCAAACCUCAAAUUCUGUGCCCACAAGGAGUGGAAUACAGUGUGGUUCUCAGCUUGCUGCUGGACUCCGGGGUCUGCCUUGAGGGGAUUUGUGAUUUAUGGGACCAUAAAAUGUGGCUCAUUUGUGAAGCGGCUUCGAAGGCUGAAGGCAAGCAAUCUAAAGCUGGUAGAGGUCGCGUAAAGAAGGGAAAAUCCCUUACUGUCGCUAGCGCUAGUAUGUCUGAUUCUAUGAGUGAGAAAUCUUUCCCUACUUUUGGUAGUCACCUAGAGGCUCAUCUCCGGUCGACAUCCGUGAAUUUGGGAGAGUUGUCACGAUCUGACUCUGCUCGAGGUGGGGGGGUCGACAAUUGA